CUUUUUCCCAUGUCUUCUUCAACUGUCAAUCAGUUUUCUCAGCCUUGCAUAUAUGCAGGUCACUUUGUUUCUUCAUACGCAGAGAGGAAGUCAAGGUUUAUGAAAUGGCUGACUAAAAUUUUCAAGGGUAAUAGGGGAUCUCCACGUGGACAGCAACCCCAGUUUCUAGGAGAUGAGAAUAUGGUUUGGCGUGCUCCUGCCAGAACAUUGGAUGAUCGCUCUAAGGCUAGUAAAGAGAAAGAGGAACUAGACCGUGCGACUGCAGUCUCUUUGUCCGAAGAUUUGAAAAGACCAGGAUACAAAGGCAGGACUGACAAUGAUGAAGAUCUGGAAAGAUCACUUAACCAUGACCUUAGUUCGUCAUCAUAUCCUCCAUAUCCUCCUCCAUAUCCUCCUCCGUAUGCUCCUUCAUAUGCCCCUUGGGAAUAUAAUCCCAGAAGUUAUAGGAUAUGUAAUGGCUGCCAUGGGGAUAUUGGCUCUGGCAAUUACUUGGGGUGCAUGGGAACUUUCUUUCAUCCAGAGUGCUUUCUUUGUCGUGCCUGUGGUUACCCUAUUACUGAACAUGAGUUUUCCUUGUCAGGGAACAAUACAUAUCACAAAUCAUGCUUCAGGGAAAUGACUCACCCCAAAUGUGAAGUUUGCUUCCAAUUUAUCCCAACAAAUGCAGCAGGCUUGAUUGAGUAUAGGUGCCACCCGUUUUGGUCUCAGAAAUAUUGUCCUUCACAUGAGCAUGAUGUCACCAAACGAUGCUGUAGUUGUGAACGUCUGGAGCCAUGGAAUGCAAGAUAUGUAUCACUAGGGGAUGGUAGGAGCUUAUGCUUAGAGUGCAUGGAAUCUGCCAUCAUGGAUACCGGGGAUUGCCAACCACUUUACCAUGCCAUCAGGGACUAUUAUGAAGGCAUGAACAUGAAAAUAGAACAGCAAGUUCCUAUGCUUCUUGUUGAAAGACAAGCCCUUAAUGAAGCCAUUGAAGGGGAGAAGCAUGGUUUCCAUCAUAUGCCCGAAACCAGAGGUCUAUGCCUAUCAGAAGAGCAGACAGUCACCAGUAUACUCAAGAGGCCAAGAAUGGGUGGUCGUGAAGUAGUGGGAAUCAGAACACACCCUCAGAAGCUAACUAGAAAGUGUGAGGUUACAGCUAUUCUAGUAUUGUUCGGUCUACCAAGAUUACUUACUGGUGCUAUUCUUGCUCAUGAACUGAUGCAUGCAUGGUUACGUCUAAAAGGAUACCGUAAUCUCAGCCUUGAGGUAGAGGAAGGAAUCUGUCAAGUGCUUUCCUACAUGUGGCUGGAAUCAGAGGUAAUGCCAGGAUCCAGAGAUAUGCCAUCAACAUCAACUGCUUCAUCCUCAUCAAUGUCGUCAACCAAGAAAGGUGUUAAGUCUGGAGUAGAGAAUAAGCUGGGUGAGUUUUUCAUGCACCAGAUCGCCCAUGAUACUUCUCCAGCAUAUGGUGGGGGAUUCAGAUCUGCUAAUGAAGCCGUGAAUAAGUAUGGUUUAAGAUGUACAUUGGAUCACAUUCGCCUGACAGGAAAUUUCCCGUUAUGAUUCCAUCAUUGUUAUUUUGUCAAAGGUCGCUUGUGCUGUAUGGCAAUCCAGAAAUCAUUGAAUUGAAAUGCUCCCCUGAGAAAAUGAGUUGAUCUUGCAAAGCUGGAUUAGCUCCUCUUAUUUUUUAUGGGUUCCGUCUGUGGACACUCAGUCCGAAAGAGAAGAUUAUAUGCCACAAUGUGAAUGAGAAGAAAAUGUAACAUGUAUUGCAUUUAACUGCAAUAAAAAUUGAAUUUGAAUGC